GGCGCGCUGUUUACAUCGGCGAAGCCCGCGCUCUUUGCGUUAAUUUGCUAUUUUUCAGUGAAAAUUGCCCGCAAAAUGGCUUAAAUCAUGCGGAGGUGUGAGAUUGCGAGUUCGCCACUAUGGAACUGAGUCUGUACGGAUCGCAGAUUAACCUGGCAACGCGCGAACGAACGACCCCCACCAGCAGCUACCAGCACCUGGCCGGCGUAGGAGUAGGAGGACCGCAGCAGCACCACCGACCAGGGUCGGCCUUCAACAGCAGUCGUCCGCUUUCCGCGCAGAUACGGCGACCCUUGUCCGCGGACAGUCAAAUUCAGCGCAAAUCUUCGCUCGGUGCCGGAAGUGGCAGCUCGACGUCCGGGUAUUUGUCCAAGCGGAGCACAUCUUCGUCCAGUUUGCUCAAGUCGCUGCUCGCGGAACCUAUUUCACGCUACUGGGGCUCGAAGACACUGACGGCGGCGCCCCGGACAAAUGUGACUUCCACCAAGUCGAAGCAGAUGUCCAAGGUGAAGAGUAAGAAACGUAGUACGGUGGCAAAGAAGAAAGUUGUUGAUUGUAGUUCAGAGGAAGACAGCAGCAUGGACGAGGAUACGCAAGAGUCGAACAACGAAACGGAACUGGAGAACAUCUGGUCCGGUGGGGAUGGUAUGAAGAACGUAGUGGGGAAGGUGGAGAAGAAGCCACCGUUGCCGAGAGGUGUCAUGAGGAAGAUAGCACCAAGGAAGACCAGUACGGUAAAUGCGACUGAGGUUGGUAAGAUAGACAAGAAGCUUGAUCUGCCUGGAAGAGUGUCGUUCAGCUCGAACGAUCCGUACGAGAUAGACUACAGUGACUACGAAGACAACGAGUUUACGAUGGCUAAGCAAGAACUGCUCAGAGGGGAAGGUGUGUACGACGCGCGAAAGUUCCAGGAACCAUUGCCAGCAGAACCACCGAAACCUCGGUUCAACCUGGUAAAGUUCGAGGAAGAACUGACAAGCUCCGGAUACGAAACCAAAGAAGACAAAUCGGAAAAGUUUGUCAAAUUUGAUGCGACGCCGGACUUGUUCAGCGACGAAACGGACUCCAACAAGAUCAUCGAAGAGUACAAAAAAGAGAUUGAGGACAUCAAUCGACGCAGAGAUAUGGAACUAAAGUUGGUACAGUCCGAAAAUGGUAAGAAAUACGACCCAAAAACGUACACCACGGUCGAAGUAACGGAAACGUACGUUGAAGAGACCUACCACAUAGCUGCAGCGAGUUGCACAAGCGCUACCGACGACACUGACAACGAGGUUGAGAAGCCACGAGCAAGUAGCUCGAAGAAGGAUGUCAUCAACGAAUACUACGAAUGUAUCAACGAAAUCGUCAACUCGCAAGGAGACAAAAAGACGAAGCGAGAUUCAAAGGAAGACGUGCUGAUGCUCAACUUGAACAACGAAUCAAAGCCAACACCCGCGGAGAAGAACUUCCAGAUGGCCAAGCCAGCCGUCAAGGCGAGUGGCUCGCUUGACAAGAACAAGCUGGACAGCAACGCAAGUCAAGUUAUCAAAAACUACUUCAAAGUGAAGGAUCAGAACUUUAACGAACUUAAAUCGAACAAGUCAAGCCAAAAGAACAACAUCCUAAUGUCAAAAAAGAACGGUAAAGCGCUGGAGAAGCCCAAAUCGGCAGAUGCGCACAAGUCAAUUCUAAGAAACUCCAAGAAGAACAAUGCAUCAAGCAGCAAGUUUGCGGGACAGCUGUGCCGCGAAGAGAGCAACAUCUCCGAAUUCCAGAUGGAGAAGGUGGUCAGCUGGAUGUCCUGCAACGAGGACACCUUUCCGAAGCCGUACGAAAGCGAUCCGACGAUGCUCGGGGGGAUCGACAAGAGCCGCCGACUGCCGACUCCUACGGACAUGAACAAAACGGACGACGAGUCCAACUACGGAACAUUCGAAGCGGUGCGAAGGGAAACCGCUGGAAGCGAACAGACCAACUACGAUGACGAAUCGCUGGCGAGCGAGGUCGUUAAGCCGAAAUCGGCACACUUCCAAAGCCUGAAGAACGAGGUCGAGUACCGGCUGAGCAACAUUUUGGACGCGCGCGAUUCGCCGGACAGCUCGGGCCAGUUUCAGCACGAUGAGCAGCAGCAGGGCGACAAGGACAAGGUGAAGGAUCUUUUCUCCUAUCUCGACCAGGUCGAGAUGAAGAGCGAGAAGACGUUCAAGCUGUCGACGGCCGUUCCCUCCGAGUCGGACCGAUCGGAGAUGGAGUUUGCCGCCGAGCCGGACUACAUUGAGACGGUGCCCAAGAUGAACGACCUGUUGGAGCUUCCGAUGCACCAGCUAGCAAGGCGAGUCAUCAAGUUGUCCCUGCGAGCCAACGAGCUGAACAACGCGAUGCACUUGUCCAAGGAUCAUCUGUCGAACCUGAAAGCCGACAAGAUGAAAGCACUACGAGCGGAAAAGGCAGCGUUUGCGAACAAGAUGAAAGAACAGAAGAAGCACUACGAAGAUAUCAUCGGGCGACAUCAGGAGUUUAUCGACCAGCUGAUCAAGGACAAGUCCGGACUGUGCGACAAGGUAACGCAGCUGACGCGACGGAUAGAGUCGCAGAACCAGAGCUGGGAGCAUCGACUGAAGACGGAGCUGGAGAAGUCGAAAGAUACCGCGCUGGCAGCGGAGAAGAUUCGACGGGAGAAGUGGGUUCGGGAAAAUACAAAGAAAAUUAAGGAACUGACGGUCAAGGGACUAGAGCUGGAGAUCAACAAAAUGACUGCAACGCAUCAGAAGGAACUCGCAGAGCUGAAGCGGCAGCACAAAGACGAAAUGGUGGGAGCCGUGGCGGAGCUGAAGCUGCAGUACGAGCAAAAGGAAGCGGACAUCAGGCAAAGCUUGCUGAAGGAACGGGAAGCAUUCAUCGAGAAGGAACGGCAAGCACUGCUGGAGCGCUUUGACAAGCAAGUCGGUGAGGAGCGGACGAUUUUUGAGCAGCAAAGACACCACCUGCUGAACGAGUUUGAGAUCGAGAAGGAACGCAACUUGAAGGAGCUGAAGAACCGGAAUCAGUACUUUGAGACGCAGUUACAGGAGCUGAAGGGUGACAGCACGAAGAAUCUGGAGUUUGCACGGAAGGAGUACGUGCAGAUGCUGAAAGAUCGAGAGAACAAGCACAAGGAGGAGCUAGCCAAGCUGCAGAAUCAGAUGGAGUCCGACUUUUCGAUCUGGAAAAAGAAGCAUGAAGAGAUGGCCAAGCUGGCGAUGGAAGAACGCGAAAACACGGUGCGGCAGCAGCUGCGUCAAGAACGAGAUCAGCAAAUCGAUCGAAUCGUAGCAAAGGUCGACGCGGAAACUCAAAAGUACCAGCUGGACUUUGAUGCCAAAAUGGGUCGUCUCAAGGAGAAACAUCAGGUGGAGAUGCGCGAGAUGGAAGCGACGGAAGCGCUGCUCAAGCAGAAGCACCAGGACGCCCGCGUGAAGCUGGCGGAGACGGAAGCGACGGUGCAGAACAUGAAAUCGACGGCCAAGCAGCUGGAGCUGCAGCUGAGCCACUCGAAGAAGAUGUGCGAGGAUUUGCUGCGCGAGAAGGAAAUCAUGAAGGAGGAAGCCCGGAAAGAGGUGCAGAAGGAUCUGGCGAGCAUGCAGAAGGAUCGGGAGAGAGAAAUCGAGCGGAUUUACUGCAGGGUUCAACAAGCAAUCGACAAAAAAGAUGCAACCAUUGGGAAUCUGCAGAAGGAGUUGGCGGCCCUUAAGGAGCGAUGCCUUAAGCAGGAUGCGAUCAUUCGACAGCAAAGAAUUGACUAUUGUAUAAAAUAGAGGAAAAGUAGCAAAAACAGUGCGACGAUUGUCGUAGCGACCGAGCCGAAAUUUAUACAUUUUUUGAACAUUUUUUAUACAAAAAGGUAGUAGGAAUAAACGAUUUACAACCGAUUCUUUACCACA